AUGUCUCUGACGCAGAUGAUAAAGGAUGAGCAAGGCCGUCCUUUCAUCAUCGUGAGAGAUCAGGGGAAGAAGAAGCGUCAGUUUGGCAGCGAGGCUGUCAAGUCCCACAUUCUGGCGGCACGAACGGUAGCGAACCUCGUCAAGUCCUCCCUCGGCCCGAGGGGCCUCGACAAGAUCCUCAUCUCCUCCGACGGCGACAUCACGGUGACGAAUGAUGGAGCGACGAUUAUGCAGCAGAUGGAGAUUAGCAACCACGUGGCAAAGCUUAUGGUGGAGCUUUCAAAGUCGCAGGAUGACGAGAUUGGCGAUGGCACUACGGGCGUUGUCGUUCUGGCUGGUGCCAUGCUGGAACAAGCAGCCGAUCUGAUCGACAAGGGCAUCCACCCGAUCCGAAUUGCCGACGGCUAUGACCAAGCAUGCGACAUCGCCAUCGCCGAGCUUGACAGGAUCUCGGACACCAUUGAGUUCUCAAAGGAAGAGACGUCCAACCUCAUCAAAGUGGCGCGCACCAGCCUCGGCAGCAAAAUCGUUUCUAAAGCACACGACCAGUUCGCCAAGAUCGCCGUCGACGCCGUUCUGUCCGUCGCCGAUCUGGAGCGAAAAGACGUCGAUUUUGAGCUCAUCAAGAUGGACGGCAAGGUCGGCGGCUCGUUGGAGGACACCCUUCUCGUCCAGGGCGUCAUAGUCGACAAGGAUUUCUCCCAUCCGCAGAUGCCCUCGGAGAUCAAAGAUGCCAAGAUCGCCAUACUCACGUGCGCGUUCGAGCCGCCGAAGCCCAAGACGAAACACCACCUCGACAUCACAAGUGUGGAAGAGUUCAAGAAAUUGCAGAACUACGAGAGAGAAAAGUUUGUGGAGAUGAUUCAGCAGAUCAAGGACACGGGUGCCAACUUGGCCAUCUGCCAGUGGGGCUUCGACGACGAAGCCAACCACUUGCUGCUGCAGAACAAGCUUCCGGCCGUGCGGUGGGUUGGCGGUCCGGAGAUAGAGCUGAUCGCGAUUGCGACAAACGGCAGGAUAGUGCCCCGGUUCGAGGACCUCAAGGCGGAGAAGCUCGGCUCGGCGGGUGUCGUCAGAGAGAUGACAUUUGGCACGACGAGGGAGAAGAUGCUGGUGAUUGAAGAAUGCGCCAACACACGGGCGGUAACGGUAUUCGUCCGCGGCAGCAACAAGAUGAUCAUCGACGAGGCCAAGCGAUCACUGCAUGACGCCCUCUGCGUCGUGCGGAACCUUGUGCGAGACAACCGAGUGGUGUACGGCGGCGGUGCCGCCGAAAUUGCCUGCUCGCUUGCGGUCGAGGAUGCCGCGGUCAAGACACCAGGCCUCGAGCAGUACGCGAUGCGUGCCUUUGCCGAAGCGCUGGACGCGGUCCCGAUGGCGCUGGCGGAAAACAGUGGUCUCAACUCGAUCGCGACGCUGGCCGAGGUGAAGAGCCAGCAGGUCAAGGCGGGCGCGAACGGGCGUGGUAGGCUGGGAGUGGACUGCAUGGGACGAGGCAACAACGACAUGAAGGAGGCUUUUGUCAUCGACCCGCUGAUCGGCAAGAAGCAACAACUGCAACUGGCUACGCAACUAUGUCGGAUGGUUUUGAAGGUGAACAAUGUCAUUGUUUCUGGCGUGGGCGAUAACGACUUUUAG